AUGCUCAUAAUUCCCCUCAUGAAAAUGAACUCUUUGUGGAGAAGCUCCUCUUCAAGACUUGGAAUGAUGAGGCCAAAUACACACCCACUCGUGUUGAUCUUCGGAGUGCUAACCGUCGUCCUAAACGGGGCCGAGUGCCGAAAGGCGAGGAUUUUGGAGUCGUUCGAGUACUCGGCCAUCAGCUGCAGAGCUCACAGCGCAUCCAUACUGGAUUUCGGCGGGGUCGGAGAUGGCGAGACGCUCAACACCCGGGCUUUUCAGACAGCCGUCGGCCACCUCAGCCAGUAUGCGUCAGACGGUGGGGCCCAGCUGUUUGUCCCCGCCGGUAAAUGGCUGACCGGAAGCUUCAAUCUCACUAGUCAUUUUACUCUCUAUCUUCACAAGGAUGCUGUGCUCCUCGCUUCUCAGGAUAUAAGCUCAUGGCCGCUAGUCGAGCCCUUACCGUCGUACGGCCGUGGACGGGAUGCAGUUGGCGGGAGGUACAGCAGUCUUAUAUUCGGAUCAAAUCUCACCGAUGUCGUCGUCACUGGUGAGAAUGGCACUAUUGAUGGUCAGGGAGCAAUUUGGUGGCAGCAAUUUCACAGGAAGAAGCUGAAAAACACAAGGCCUUACCUUAUUGAAAUUAUGCACUCAGACAAUAUCCAGAUUUCUAAUCUCACUCUUGUCAAUUCUCCCUCAUGGAAUAUUCAUCCUGUUUACAGCAGUGACAUAAUUAUACAAGGCAUUACGAUUCUAGCUCCAAUUACAUCCCCAAAUACAGAUGGGAUCAAUCCAGAUUCCUGCUCCAACACAAGAAUCGAGGACGUGUACAUUAUCUCGGGUGACGACUGCAUAGCCGUGAAGAGCGGUUGGGAUGAGUACGGCAUAGCCUACAAUAUGCCGACAAAGCAACUCCUCAUAAGGCGCCUCACUUGCAUCUCCCCAUACAGUGCUGCCAUUGCCUUGGGCAGCGAGAUGUCGGGCGGCAUCCAAGACGUGCGGGCCCAGGACAUAACCGCCAUUCAGACAGAGUCGGGUGUCCGAAUCAAGACAGCCCCCGGGAGGGGCGGUUACGUGAAGGACGUGUACGUGAAGGGCAUGAAUCUUCAUACCAUGAAAUGGGUCUUUUGGAUGACUGGAAACUACGGGUCGCACCCUGACGAUAAAUACGACCCGAAUGCUAUGCCGGAGAUUAACGGGAUUAACUACAGGGAUGUAGUGGCGGAGAAUGUGACGAUGGCGGCUCGAUUGGAAGGGAUAUCGGGAGACCCAUUCACCGGGAUUUGCAUGUCGAACGUGACGAUUGGGUUGGCUAAGAAGGCUAAGAAGUAUCCGUGGACUUGUGCUGAGGUGGCGGGGACAACCAGCCGGGUGGUGCCGCCACCAUGCGAGCUGUUGCCUGAUGAGGGAGAGGAGAAAGUGGGGAUGUGUGAUUUUCCUGCAGAUAGUUUAGGUAUUGAGGGGGUGGAGUUGCAAAAGUGUUCUUAUGGGAUGAACUACUUUUAG